AUGGCCUCUCACAUGUCAACAGACAGCAACAUCAACACCAUGAACACAAAUCCAUCCAGUGUUAUUCAUCCCCAACACCAACUUAUAUCCAUCAAGCUCACAGAUUCAAACUACUUGCUGUGGAAGCAACAAACAUACAGUGCUAUAGUGGGUUAUGGUCUUGAGAACUUCAUUGCUGCAGAUUCUCUUCCUCCACCGAGGUUUCUCUCAUCUGGCAGUGGAGAUCCACCUGCCCUCAACUCCGAGUUUGCCACUUGGGUUAGACAAGACCAACUCCUUAUGUCUUGGCUACUCUCUUCCCUGAAUGAGAACCUACUUAUCAUGAUGGUUGGCAAGACCACAUCUCGUGAGGUAUGGCUUUCCCUAGAGUCUAACUUCUCUGGCCUCUCUAAAGCCAGAUUGAUGCACCACAAACUUCAGCUACAAACCCUAAAGAAGGGAUCUACCUCCAUGAGAGAAUUUUUAGGCAAAGUCAAAGCCUGCUGUGAUGCCCUAGGUGUUGCUGGGGAGCCUGUUUCAGAACAAAACCAUAUUCUCUAUAUACUUGUUGGUUUGGGGAGUGAGUAUAACCCUGCUGUUGUUGCUGUCACUUCAAGAAUUGAACCAUACUCUCUCAAUAAAGUAUAUGUUAUGCUACUCAGCCUUGAGUCUAGACUUGAUAUUACUGUUCAACCUAUAGUGAAUCCUGAUGGCUCCCUGCCUAGUGUCAACCUAGCAAUGAACAACACCUCUACUCCAAGACCUCCCUCUCAUUUCCCUCCCACUACAAACUCAAGAGGAGCCUUCUCUAAUCAAAGGGGCAGAGGGAGAACAAAUAACUACAGAGGGAGAGGUGGUAGAGGCUACAGAAACUCAAAUGCUAGACCUUCAUGCCAACUGUGUGGCCUCAACAAUCACACUGCUGACAGGUGCUAUCACAGAUAUGACAGCACUUAUCCUCCUCCUACCACAAUGCAGGCUCAAACAGCUUAG